GAGCGCUUUAAAAUUGAGAUGGGAAGUUUGCGGUCGUGAGGGCUCUCAGCGGAUCCUCUCUGACCUUCAAUUUAUGAGCAUUAUCUGCUCGCCUUAUCCUCUUCUACCAAUUCCCUGAGUAUAUAUGUGGCCUUCGUGCUCUCUACACAAGCCCCCCCUCCUUUCUUUCUGCUUCUCUUCUCUUCUGAACUGGAGGUCUAGAGGAGUACACGCACAGCUACUGAAGAGCAGUCUGUUUCUCUUAUCUGCAGAUGAGCCUUUUAAACCACUGCGCAACCUCCGGCGGACAGCCGCCGAGCUUCCUUCUAAAGGGGACCGGAAACCACGAAUCUAAUCACCACCACCCAAAAUCUCUUCCAUUGCAUGGAACUCAUACUAAGAAGCUCCAAAACCCAAAUUCAACUAUAAACAGAACUUCACCAACCAUGACCAUUAAUGGAGAAGUUGUAUCUUUGCCAGAGGAACUAACUAAAGCCAGUUUUAUGGGCAAGCAGCAAGGCAUUGAAGAGCUUUCUCAGCUUCUCUCUAAAAAUGAUUACAACAAACAUUCGAUGGAGUUUGAGCCCUUCUUUAUGGGACCUCUGGUUCAGUUUGACAAUGAACCUUCGGGUGAGAAGAAGGUUGCGCUUGCUGUGUCUGUUUCUUCUGCUUUGAAGCUUGAUGAAAGGCAGGUUAGUUUGAUUGCUAGAAAAAUGAAGAGGCUGACUGGUUUUACAAAUUUGAAGUUGGAGAACAUUAUUGAUCCUACACUUAUUGCUGGAUUUGUGAUCAGCUAUGGUGAUGAUGGGUCCAAUGUAAUUGAUCUCAGUGUGAAGGGUCAGCUGGCUAAUUUGGCUUCGCGGGCUGAUGAUUUUGAUAAAUGGAUCCCUAGCCAUGAUGAGAGAUGAGUUUUGUCUGGAUUGUUUGGUCUUUAUGCUUUGUUUGAGCUGUUAAGUUUUGACACCAGGAUGUUGAGAUUGUUUGCCAUAAGGGAAGUAUGACUUUGAGUGAUUUUAUUUAUUUAAGGGAGAGAUUAGGAUUUAGUAUUAAGACCUCCAUGUUUAUUAGAGAUUUUCAUGAAGCUAUAUGUUAAAGGUAA